AUGCCUCUUACAAAGCGUGCGCGGCCAGCCUCGCUUCCCACCGCGGACCCUGUAAACAAACGCAAGACUCGGUCACAGUCGGACAUCCAGUCCUUCGCCCGUGCUUCCAAGCCAGGCGCAUCGCCGUCUGAUGGGAAGAAGAGGAAAGCCGCGACUCAAGAAGUCGACGAGGACGUCGUCACCCCGAAGCUUGCAUCCUGCAAGAAAUUGCGCCGUCCACGACCCUCGCAGCGGCCCAUCUCGGAGACGCCGACCGAUACGCCUACCAAGGGGGCAAGGACUCUUCUCGCCGACUUCGACCUUUCUACCCCCGUCAAGCCGCUCAGGCUCCAAUCCGUCUCCGACUCGACUCCUUCCCCCGUCGAAACGCCGCUGACGAGCCCCUGCUCGUCCACCGCCCCAAGCUUCCGCUACGAGAAGUCCUCCGAGGACCUACCACAAGCUAUCCGAGAUCUUAUUCAUCUACACUCAUCAUUCCUCUCCGCGCUAUCUCUACACUAUGCUCAUAAUGGCACAUCGUUGCCGGUGGACCUGCAUACCCUCACACCAUCCAUCGCCAAGGUCUGGGGGAAACGCAGGGUCACAAUCGAAGACAUUAGGCGUACUUUGGGCGUGAUGCAGAGCAGUCUCUCGUCUAGCCGGCCAGCACCAACUCUCAAGGCCCGGUCUUUCCACCUGUCAGACUAUGGCCGCGGCAAGAUUUGCAUCGAGCAACAGGAGAGCAAGAAGCAGCGCGCAAAACGUAACAACAGCGUCAUUCCACAGGCCAUUGACGAGAAGGCCCUGAAUACCAUCUUUGAAGAUGAGAUCAACACGCGUUGGGCGGAAUACCGCUGCAAGAUUACACCCAAUUCGAAAAGCCCAUCAUCCGUGCAGUACUUCAUUAGCCAGCUUCCCCUCGCCGGCAUCACCGAGUGCGCCUCGCUGGCCAAGGUCGCCCCUCUUUUUGCCAAAGGCCAACGGCGUCUUGAAGAUAUAAGAGCGGGUGCGCACCAUUCUCGGGGUGCUAGCAACUGUUUCAACGGCUCAGGUGAUGCUGUCAGGUCAGAGCUUGAGCUCGACCACGCUCGCCCUGCAGCUACCAAACUUCUCACAAGUAAGGCUAGCAAGGCUAGCGUCUUAGGCCACAAGAAGUCCGCCUCCACAUCCACUACUGCUAGCACUAGUACCUCCUCCUCGGCCUCGGACGAUGCCAAAUCUUCGAGCUCCUCGUCUUCCAGAGCGCCCCUAGUGCCUUCCGCCGCAGCACCCUCUCGCGCCACUUCUCUUCUCGACCGUAUCCUCGCCAAGCAAGCUGCUGCCGCAGCCGCUCCGGCCGGUCCCACUCCUGAGGCGCGUGCUCGCAAUGCCGCGCUCCAACGCUGUGAAGACGUACUGGCAACGCUCAGCUUGCUGGCCAUGACGACUGGCUCGUCAUCAACAUCCUCUCGCGUUUCUUUCCCUUUUCCACGGUUGGUGCGCGACAUCCAGACCAGCUCCCGCAGCCCCGUAGGCCCCGAAGAAAUCAAGAAGGUCGUUGAGGUUCUGGCUUCCGAAAUCGUGCCUGGGUACGUGAGUCUAGUCAAAAUGGGCACGCUGGAGGCGGUUGUUCUCGACAAAAGUCAGGCUGUUGGUGGCGCGGAGGUGAGAAGAAGGCUAGUUGAUGCCGGCGUAGAAGGGCUGUAG